CGCACACACAGUCAUAAAUGUAUAUAUAGAUGCAUGUAUAUUGACAUGCAACGAUAUUAACUGCAAAGUCCUGCUGAUCACUAAACGCAGAUGGAUAGCAGCGACGACGACGACAGCACCAAGUCGAUACCGCGGCCCAUCUAUGAGGCGACCUCGGCCAUUGAUAGCCCGCCUCCGACUUUGUGGGCAGGAACAGCUGCCCAAGAGCGGGACGCAUUGCCCAAUAAGCGAUUGAAGUAUGUUGUCAGCUCUCCUCCGGACUCGGCCAAUGGCAGCAGUUCUUCCAACUCGAGCGCCUGGAAGGAGACAGCCGCAGCGGCUGGAGGCCAUGCGUCGCUCACAAUGAAACUGACCAAGGUGGCGCCACAUCAAAGCGAAGCGAAGCCCACAAGCACAUCGACGCCCAAGCAGGAGGUGAAGGUGCGCGUGCCAAAGGAAAUGGUUGCCCUGCAGCGCUCUCAUAAUGAGUCGAAAGUGCUGACCGGCUACGUCUCCGAUAGCGCCAAGAUGAAGCGCCGGAAGUCUCGCGCCAUUGCAGAGCAUCUAAUCAAGCAGUCUUCGACAGGUGGCAGCAGUCUGUCCAGCACACUGCCCAGUUCGAGGAGCAGCACAAGAGGUAGAACUAAGACGCUGAAGCGUAGCAAGAGCAUCCCCGCACCCAUGUGGGAUUCUCUAGAGGAAUGGCAGCAGGCGACACAGCUGCCCAAAAAUCAGACAAAGAAGAGGCGCAACUAUUCGAUGGCUUGCGAUCCUGGCGAAGACACGUUGGCUGAUCUGAGCGCUAACGAGGAAACAGAGGAGGAGAGCAACAGCAGCCACGGGAGACGAUUUCGUUCCCGCAGCAAGACCGUCUCGCUGAGUAGUGGCCAUAUGCGAUCUGAACUCCAUCGAAUCGGUCCAUUGGAACAGGUAGAGGCAGAGGCAGAGGCGGACACGGACGGUGGAGAGUGGCGCACCAGCUCCACGGCGGAUACGGAUCCCAAUAUAUCCAUAUUCUCGGAUGCCACAGAUGACACCAAGAUAACGGGAUCGGUUGGUGGGGGCAGUGGCGAUGCACGCGAAGAAUUGCAGAAAAGGCUCGACGAGAUUUGGCAGCCACCGCCAAGGAAUAACUGGGAUCCCUUCUGCUGGAAGUGCCGUGGCUGCGGCUCUCUGAUGCCCUGCUCCAAAUGCCUACGCUCCUUCCACGCCUACUGUGUGCGGCCUGCUUCCACGAAAUUCGACAGCUCCUGGAAAUGUCCUGAAUGUCUACUGAUCGAUAGCGCGCCCAAGCGGCCACGUCGCAAUGAUGUAUCCGUGGAUCUGCUCAGUCAGUUACUCGCUUAUGCGUUGGAGCGCAUGAAACUUGUGCGCGGGGUACACAAAUUGCGUGCACCACAGGAUGUACUGCCGGAUAGUUAUAGCAAAUACUUUGCCAAUCCGGUGAGCUUCGAAACCUUAGCAGAACGCAUCAAAAAUCACGCAUUUCACAGCGCCGACGAGUUCCUCAGCGAGGUGAAGUGGAUACAGCACAAUGCACUCAUUUUAGACUACGGAGAUGUGAAAGUGGAGCAAGCUUCUAAGGCAGUAGUCAAGGUCUGUCGGCAGGAGGCCAACGAGAUAGAUACCUGUGCCGAAUGCUACUUGAAUGCCAACUCCAGUGACGAGUGGUUCGUGAAGGUGUGCACCCAGCCGCAUUUGCUGCUGUGGGCCAAGCUAAAAGGGUUUCCCUACUGGCCAGCCAAGGCUAUGGGCUGCGGUCCCAAUGCAGGCGUUAAUGUACGCUUCUUUGGCAAACACGAUCGCGCCAACGUGCCCGUCAAGGAUUGUUUUUUGUAUUCCGCACAAGAUCCCAAUACGCAGACGAGUCGACGAUCUGCUCGCGAUCUGGCCGAGUGCAUUCGGGAGGUGGAGGUGCACAUUGAGCACAUAAAGAAUAAAAUUGGCGCCUUCAACUAUGCUCCAUAUCGUUUGCCCUACGAUCCACAGGAGGAGCAACAGCAACUGGAGAAAAUGAUGCCGGGUGUCAAUGAUGUCAUCAACAGGCAGUUGGAACCUGCCAACAAGACGCCGCUGCAGUUCCUCAUACGCAAAACAGCCGGCGACAAAUUAUCAAUUGUGAAAAAGACAAAAGCAACCGAAUCAGGCAAUGAAUCUGAUCAGUCAGGUAGCCCCAUCAAAAAACCAAUCCACGACGCUGAAUCCUCGUCUCCGCAAUCGACUAGCGAUCACCCGAAGCCGAAGAGCAGCAACUAUGAAGUGAUACCAAGAGCUGGCGAUGCGCUAAGAGAAUCUCGUGGGUGCACAGUGGUUCUUAAGCGCAAAUCCCUGGAGUCCUGCAAGACAUUAGCCAAAGUUUCGUCAACUGUCACCGGAGAGCAAGUGCCCAUAAUUAAACGCAAGCACUCACAGAGUGAUGCCAGCAGCGAGACGAGCCAACAGGGCAGCAGUUCAGAGCAGAGGCGACGGGCAAAGCACGCACGCAAAGCACCGGCAGACGAAUGCCAGGACGAUGAUGAGGAGGGGGAGGAGGAACUGGAGCCAACUGAAGAAGAAACGGGUCAGCUCAAAGUUGACAAUGAAACAUCAGCUCCAACCAUAACGGGCUCAACUGAAGCAAGUCAAGGGGUUGAGUCGGUGGUGGAACUGGUGCGCAGACGGCAAGGCGUAACCAUAACCAAGAUACCCAGGGAUCAACAACAGCAGCAGCAACAGCAAAUUCAACAACAGCAACAACAGCAGCAACCACAGCCGCAGCAGCAACCACAACAGCAACAACCACAGCAGAAGCAGCCGCAACCACAACCGAUUCCUGCCAAGCCGAAUGAGCCAGCAGCUGUUAAUGAGACCAUAGCUAGACAGCGUGCAGUGGAGCGACAGCAGCAACAGCUCAUCAGCAAGGUGGUGCCUUUUGUGGAAAUCAAAAAAGAAGUGCUCUCUGAGCCAGAGGAAAAUGAGGAGACGCCCAAUGCAACUGCGACGGCAACUGCGACUGCGACUGGAACACAACCGAUGCCAGUAGAGGAGGAACAGCAGCAAGUACCAAUUGCACAGCCAGCGCCAGAGAUCAGCCUACCGACUGCAGCACCACCCGCGCAACCAGAAGUUCCACCAGCUGCUGAAACCAUUGAGCCAGUUAAGAUCAAGGAAGAGGUGCUCAGCGAGGAGGAAAUGGAAACGGAUCACAAUGAGCCUGCAAAGCCGCCUACAUUGCCCAACCGAGAAGUGCAGCCUGCCACAAUCAACUCUGUUGAGGCCACGCCCCCUCAAAGCGCAGCAGCGCCUGAAACCUUUGUGCGCUUCGUAGGCGAUACCACUAUACAGAGAUUGAGUCAGAAACAGGCGCCCAAAGUCCCCGAUGCGACGGCAACUACGGCGACGACAAUGACGGCGGCUCAAGCAGCAAAACGUGGCUCUUUGCGAGGCGUGCCUCAUGGUCCAUUGCCAGCGGCAGCUCAGUCACCCGCCUCAACGCCACCACCGGCGCCGUCAUCACCCGCGCUGUCAGUCGCAUCCAUGUCGAGCAACAUUCAGCGACCAGUUCCACAAUCCUCGCCCAAGCUGCAACAGACAGUUGGUCAUCCGUUGCGAGUGAAGACUGACAAAUCGUUGAAUGAGACAGCACCACAAUCCGUGCUAGCAAUGCCAGCUGCCACGCCCACGUCAAGCCUGCUCAAGUCCAACAUGGUGGUCAUACCCAUGGAACCGCGCAGCACCAACGGAGCUGGCGGCAGCAGCAUUGGCAACAACAGCAGCAGUAGCAGCGCUUGCAAUCUCAACAAUGCCAGUCUGAUGAGCAUACCUGUGCCACCGCUGAGAGCUGUCUCCAAGAAUACGCUGCAAUCCACAAAUGUGAUGACUUCGAUCACGGCUGUGCCGGUUCCAGCGCCUGUGCCCACAUUUCCCAACAGCUCGCUGCCGCCGCCGCCACUGGCGGGGCUAACCACAGCGACAACGGCCACGAUUCGACCCGUGGGCAGUGGCUCAGAGUCGGGUGGCCUGCUGGCCAGCGCUCUGAAUGGCCUGCCCAGUGAUACCCUGGUUAGUGAAUCCACUCCGGCGGAACCUAUUACGCCGGGAUUGGCGACCGCUUUGAGCGAGUUGCUGUUGCGUCCUGGGCCACCCAAGCUGACGAUGCGGCCUUGCGGCCCACUGCAAUCAGAUGGCUCCAACUUGUAUCCAGCACAAGCUGGACCACUGUCCACCAAACUGAAGGAGAAUGCGCACAAGAUUACGGAUUACUUCAUCUCGGUCAUUGAGGACACACUCAGCGAUCUUGCUGGAGGAGAGCCCAGUGUGCUGCAGGCCAAGAUUGCUGGCCUGACGCUGGAGAACGAGCGCAUGAAGCAGCACUACGAGCGGCAGAUCGCCGACUUGCAACGCUCCACAGAGAUGAUGAUCUCUGAGAUGCGCAAGACCAUGGAGCAGGAGAACAAGCGGGUGAUUAAUGAACUGCGACAGCAUAGCACGCUGGAGCGGAUGCGAGCCGUGGAGGAGGCCAAGAAGAAGCAAUGGUGCGCGAAUUGUAUGCGCGAGGCGCAGCUCUAUUGCUGCUGGAACACCUCCUACUGUGACUAUCCCUGUCAGCAGAUGCAUUGGCAGCGUCACUCCGCCACUUGUGGCCAAGCCUCCACGGUGCAGGCGCAGGCACAAACACAGCCACAGGUGCAGGUGCAGGUGCAGGCGCAACCCGAAGUGACAGGUCGUGGCAAGCACAAGCAAAUGGCCAGCACAACGCCAGCUUCCAGCCAGCAAUUGAAUCGAACCUCCGUUGUGGGCCCUCCCAACAAAAAGUGGACGCAUCAGCCGAUGAUAUCGCUGGUGAACCCCGUACCGCCCGCCUCCACCGAGAUGCUCAAAUUGCCCAAUAACACAUUUCUGCGACCCGUCUCGCUGCCCUCCACAAUGCCCGCUCCGAACAGCAGCACCAUUGUCACUCCAGUCACUCUCAUCACACCCGCCACAACGAGUCAUCUGGGCAACACGAUCAUGACGAAUCAGCGGAACACUCAACUCAACUAUGCUGCAAAGCAAACGCAGUCGCAGCCGCAGCCGCUUCCCGUGCAGCGCUACAAUAUAAACUUGCCCAUCACAGUUAGCAACAAUGCGCAGUUCGGACACAUUACGGAGCAGCAUCAGAAGCACGUGGCAAAGUCCACCAGUCGAGCCUCUCUUAAAGGCAACAGCCGUGUCCGCAAUGCUAACAAUCCCAUCAACAAUAUAAACAACAUGAACAAUAACAACAGCAACAACAACAACAACGCCCAGGCAAUGCGCCACAACCAAAUCAAUCACGGCUUUCAACAGUAACAAUUAAUUCGAGUGCAGUUGAAGGGUCCGAGUACUACAAACCUUAACACAAGCUGUAUACAUAUUGAUUAAAGAAUAACAAUUAAGAAAAAAUUACUUAGGAUUAAGGCAAGAUUUAUUUUACUGACAUGUAUACAUAUAUAUAGAUAUCUCUAUAUACAUAUAUUUAGAUAUAUAUGCAUAUUGCUGUAAUUUUAAAACAUGGCUCACAUAGCAUGUAAAGUAUAUAUAACCAUGAGAUGGACUUAUCUACUAAUAAUUACUAACUUCACCCAAUGGGCAACAAUUUUGUUUAGUUCUAAAUAUGUAGUUUAUAUUAUCAUAAGAUCAUUUAUCGGGAGUCUACGCCGACCGAAGGCAUCUGUACAUUCAUCAUAUGUAUCGACUCGCUAAGAAACCUUGAAAUCUAUAUAACUCUAAGUUCAUAAGUAACUAGAAUAUAGCUCUAAGCUGAAUAAAAUGAAGACAUGUUCCGAC